GACAAGGCCAUUGGGUCCAACUUUUGAUUUCAAACAGCUAUUGAACGCGUUAUUAAUCCAUAGCGAGACAUCGCGUCAUAAUGGAGUUGCGAUGCUUUUUCUCCACCCGUGCAAACGCCCACAAACGCGUUGCGGACACCAUCACCAGCCAUGAACGUCACACGUAGAGUCCUCGCAGUCGCGCGAAACUCACGACCGUCGACUGUGCUGCAAUGCCGGGCGAGAAAGGCCCCACAACCAUCAUUGCUGCAGGCGAGACAGCAGGCCGUCAGAGGGAUUCACCAGCAGGCACGGCGCAAUGCUCAGCAUGUGCAGGAAGACGAACCUGCUUCGACGAACCCCGCUCUCUCCUUCCCAUGUCUCGACGCGCACGAGUCCCGCUCCGCAUCUCUCUCCAAGCGCUCGCUCUCGGGCCCCGAGCCGUCGUAUACCUCGGGAAACACGCUCAACUUCCACUCGCGACAGCCCAUAUUGCUGGACUGGGGCGGCAUAUUGGCUGAGUUUAAUGUUGCGUAUGAGACGUGGGGGACGCUGAACAAGGACAAGAGCAAUGCGAUUCUGCUGCAUACAGGCCUCUCGGCGUCAAGCCAUGCACACAGCACAGAGGCAAAUCCACAACCCGGGUGGUGGGAGAAGUUCAUUGGGCCUGGGAAACCGCUGGACACGGACAAGUACCAUGUUAUUUGCACGAACGUAGUCGGGGGUUGCUAUGGCUCGACAGGGCCGUCAUCGAUAGACCCCGCGAACGGCGAGCGAUAUGCGACGAGGUUCCCAAUACUCACAAUGGAGGAUAUGGUGCGUGCGCAGUUUCGCCUGCUGGAUGAUCUGGGCAUUCAGAAGCUGUAUGCGAGUGUGGGCUCGAGUAUGGGGGGCAUGCAGAGUCUUGCGGCUGGGACGCUGUUUGCGGAGCGUGUGGGUCGUGUGGUUAGCAUCAGUGGGUGUGCGCGCAGUCAUCCGUACAGCAUUGCUAUGCGGCAUACACAACGACAAGUGCUGAUGAUGGAUCCAAACUGGUCUCGAGGCUUCUACUACGACGGCGUUCCUCCACACGGCGGCAUGAAACUUGCUCGUGAAAUCGCAACAGUCACAUACCGAAGCGGUCCAGAGUGGGAACAACGAUUUGGCCGCCGGCGCGCAGACCCGUCGCGGCCUCCAGCGCUAUGCCCCGACUUCCUCAUCGAGACAUAUCUCGACCACGCGGGGGAGAAGUGGUGUCUAGAGUACGACCCCAACAGCCUGCUCUACGUGUCCAAGGCGAUGGAUCUCUUCGACCUCGGCCAAGAACACCGCACCCGCAUCAACGAGCUGCGAAAAGCAAACAGCGGCAAGAUGCAGGCUUACCUCGACGGCCAAGCCAUCACAACAGACAACACUACCGAUACAUGUAGUCUCACGCUACCCGAAAAGCCCUACGAAGAGAAAGAGCAACCAGCGGAGAUCGAAGCGAACGCCGCACAAGCCGCAGCCACUGACGAGCCCCCGGCAGACUUGGUCGCUGGCCUGCGACCCAUGGCCAACACGCCCGCGCUCAUUCUCGGCGUGGCGAGUGACAUUCUCUUCCCGGCGUGGCAGCAGCGCGAGAUUGCUACGACGCUGAAGCGCACGGGCAAUAAAAAUGUCACGCAUAUCGAGCUUGGGGAGGAGAAGAGCAUCUUCGGGCACGACACGUUCUUGCUCGAUUUGAAGAACGUUGGUGGCGCCGUGAAGUCGUUUUUGGAGUGAUGGGUUAGAGAAUCGGUUGUACGGCAUGUGCGUGUCGUGCAGACCUACGUCUGUUGAACGUGGAGUGUCACAUGUCGGGCUGUGAGCGCUUUGCAUUGCAUGGUGAUCUGCGCGUGGCGCUGCUGAAGGAUGGAGAAUGCAGGAUCGAUAUGCAUGAAGAAACGUGGACAUGCGUUGCCAUCCCAAGCGGAGUGACAGGAAGGCUCUGUAUUGGUUCGUGGAUUUUCGAGACCAUGAUCCCAGCACAGCAAUCAGUCAGAACCCUGCAGAUAUGCCUACCGCCCGCCGAGACCAUGACAAUCACUUGGCGUGAGAAAACUCCUGAACCGCGCUUGUAGCACGAUUAUAUAUUAAUUCAAUAAACCAGUGCAUUUCUCAC